AGAUACUUUUAUCAGUGUUUUUCAUUUUCUCACUGCUUGACUCAUGCAGUUAUAUUGUUAUUGGAGAUGAGCCAUUCCUGCAAUUAUAUAACUUAACCUCAUAAUUUUAUAAAUUAGUCAUAUUGGGAUUAUUUGAGUUAUGACUAUGCUCCUAAAACUAAUAUGAUAUUUGAGUUAUGACUAUGCUUAUAUAUGUUUUCAUGCUGAUUUUAUAACUAUAUUAUAUCCACCAUUUUUUUUAUAGACCAUCUUCAGCAUAUGCAAAGAAACCAGCAAAAUUCUUCUCCGUCGGCUCAAUUUCUUGCAAAUAUUGAUCUUUCUGGGAUUUCUGCAGGCAGUUCUAAUAUCAAAAAGUCAUGUGUCACACGAGGAGCAGAUAGUGGCAAGAUUCGAUUUCAACUUCCCUCCUCCACCGUAUUGCCAACACCACCCAUUGGUCCGGGUAUACAGAGUAGUGGGAUGACAGGAUCUUCUAUCGAUGCCACAUUAACAAGUGAAGUGGCAGUGAUGGCUGGUAUCUACCCACUUGACAAUGUAAGGGUCCUGUCGCUGGUGCCUCUUUAGGAUCAUCAAUUUCAGGUGGAUCAGAUGUCACUGGCUGAUUGAAUGGGAAUUGAGGGUCUGCUUCCUCGAGAAUCCUAGCUGAGCUGGCACAACCAAUUGUAAUGCCUGGCAACAAAAGGUACAUAGUAGUUUUGAGUAUGUUUAAGCUGUGUAACUGGAGCUUGGCCUUUUUUUUCAUUAUACUAGGAAUUAAUACGCAGAGAUACGAGUGAGGUUGGAGGGUCGGGAGACUUGAGUUGCUCUUUAGUAUUUGUAGUUUGUUUGUGCAACAUGAAAAAGAACUGGACCUGAUCUCUUGGAGUUGUUGCUGCAAUGUAUGAUAUUGAGAAAAUAACCAACUCCUGUUAAGAGUUCUAUCUCCUACCGGACAUUGGUUUUGCAAACUAAAGCAGAUACUACAGAAAAAAGAAACAUUGAACCACCGCCCUCUGUCUUCCUCUCCGUGAACCACCGCCCUCUGAACUCCGUAGCUGGACAUUUAUUCUACUUUUCAUUCCAUCUCUCAGGAACUUCAUCUCCCUUGAAGGUUUGUUCUUCAUACAUAUAUAUAUGAAUAUGAGUUAUCUCUCUUCUGAUUAACUAGCUCUCUUUGUUAUCCAUUGUUUAUUUAUCUUAAAUUCAGUAUUUUAUGUGUUGUUUCGGGGGAAUUAACAUACUUGAGUGAGCUUAGUUUGAUUUUCGGGAGUUCAAUUAGUUCUGGUCCUUUUGGAUACUCUGGUUAUGUUAGGUUUUGGGAUGUUAGGUCCGGGAAAGUUUUUUGGGAUCGGUUAGGAGUAGCAGGUAUGGGUACUCUCUUUUGAGCCCAGUAUUACCCAAAAAACAUCUGGAAAGUCAAGCUCACAGUCACACUAGGACUACGAGUGCUAGACCGUGCUUUAAACAAAAACGAGGAAUUUUAGGUCGUGUUUGAUUGUUUUAAAAGUAUGUAACAUAGUAAUGAGAAAAUGAAGAGCCAGAGAGAGCAUGUAAAUAUUUGGGAGGAUGUUCUUGAAUAUGGAUGGGAUCUGUUCUUGAUGUUUAAAUUCCCCGUUUUACAUUUUGACGGAUCACCCUUAUCGGAAAGUAAUAGAUGAAGAUGUAUAUUUUUUUAUUUAUAUUAUAUAUUAAUUAUUUUCAGUAAAGGAUUGCAGAAGAUUAUUUUAAAGAAACCAGAGUGAACCAGGACUCUGAUAAUGUUAAAGCUUGCAUGGUACAUCACAGUUAUAAAAUUUUCAUGCACCUGGUUGUCAUAUGAAGAUAAAUAAUAGGUGAUUUUGGAGUGAAAGAAUGAGGAACCUUGAAUGGGGCCGGUUUUGGGAAGCCUGGGUGUAAUUGCCUAAAUUUCUUUGCCAAGUAUUUGAUCAAAAGUAAAUGUGGGGUAUGAGCCAAUUCCUUUCAGCUCCUUGACCUUUCUACUUUGGAUAAUAAGAAGUGCAUCUUCUUAUUCAUUCUUUCACAAGGGAGUUCAAGGGAUUAAUGUGUAAAGAUAAAAA